GGAUCGCGUAGAAAUAAAACGAAAAUCAAAAUAAUUAUUAUUAAAUACCAAUAAACGCUUCGCAAAAACGUAACGUAACCGAAUAAAAAGACGAGCGAGUGCAUGUGCGUUUUUUUGCAACAAGUGCAAAAGCAAUAGUGAAAGCCAAUCAAGCGCCAACGCAAGGGCCAUAAAGAGAGAAAAAGUGAAAAUACAAGUUGAUGCAAUCGCAAAGUGCUGAGCAAUAAACACAGCCCAAAGGCGCACACUUUACAAAUAUACUAAUAAUUAAUAUUGGUCUGCAACUGUGACAAAUGAUGGCCUAAAAUGGCGGCCACACCACCAAUACCGCCCGGAGCAAAUAAUUUCCAACUAAAUGGCAAUCCGCAGCAGCAGCAGCAACAACAACAAACGAAUCAUACAACAAGCAACAACAACACGCCCGCCAUAGUCGAGGAACUGCAGCAACACUUUCAAUUCAAGGCACUGCUCAACGCCGACGAGGAUCAGCAGGAACAGCAACAGCUUCAGCAGCAACAGCAGCAGCGGAACAACAACAACAUCAACAACAUUAGCCGCAGCAGCAGCUAUGAGCAACUGGAGGAGUCAGCGUGCCGGCCAAAAGCAAAGCUAAGCUGCCAGUGCACCAACAUUAGUAUUAUGCAUUUGUUCCAUGAGAUGAAACAGGAGUUUCCCACGCUACCGGAUGCUUUGGUGACGCAAUGCGUCAAUGAGAAUUGCCAUCAGCGCGACAAUUGCAUACAAAUGUUGAAAAAGGAGCUGGUGCUGCAUCCCUCACCCGUGCAGUCGUAUCCCGCUAAGGUGGUGCAACAGCAACAGCAUCUGCAGCAGCGUCAGGUCAAGCCGCCCACGCCCCUGAAGCCCUCACGUGCUGCGCCCACACAGCCGCCCGUUGGUAAUGGCACGUCUGAGACACCACCAGGCACGCCCAUUGCACGUCCGCGCCCAACGACGUUGAAUUUGCCGCGUCAGCUAAACGCACAGCUGCAGCAGAAGAUACAACAGCGACAGCAGCAGCAGCAACAGCAGCCGCAGCGACAACAGCUGACGCCCAGCGCGCAGUACAAGCCGCUGCGUCGCGCGCCGCCAUUGCCGCCGCUGCCACCCAAGCCGCAUGCAGCUGUCUCGCUCCCACAGCAGCAGCAGCAGCAACUGAUGAGCAGUUUCUCCAAUGAUUCCUCCUGUCUCACCAGCCCGCUCAGCUCCAGCGAGUCGGAACUGUCGCUCAACGUCUCCUUAUCAUCGCCAACGACAACAACUACAACGGCGGCAGCUGUUGCUGCUACUGCGACGCCAGCAGCGCUGCCCGCCUCACCAGCUACUGCGCAGUUACGCUCACCCGUACGACAUCGAUCAGUUAUAACGCUGCAGCCGGAGCCGCCGUAUGCGCGAGAAUUUCUUAACAACGCGGUGACCAUUUCGCCAGCGCCAACGCCGCCAUCGCCCACAUCCGGCGCGAGCACGCCCAGCGGUCGCAAGAGUUUCACCUCGCUAAAUCUCACGUUGCGCCAGCCGCAGGUCAGCAGCAACGGCGCUGCACCCUCCACCAUAGACAUUACGGCCGGACCGGCGCCCAGCGGCAACGGCAGCAGCGGCAUCACCUAUUCGAGCAGCAGCUUUGAUGCGCGUCGCGGCACCCACAAGAAUUUCCAACUAACGGUCACCGACGAGGGCAGCGUCUUCAGUGCCGGCUGUGUGCGUCCGCAGGCGCCGCUAUAUGCGCCCUGUCCGCCGCCCCCAGUGCUAGCCACCGAUGGAGCAACGCCACCGCCAGCAGCUACUCCGACGUCCCGACAACUGCAGCUGCAACUGCAACUGCAGGAGCAGGCAGCGGCAGCUUCUGCCGCAGCAGAAGCAUCAGAGAUGCCUGAAGUAUUUCCAUAUCCCACUCAGGCGCAGAAUCAUGUUGUUGCCUCCAACUACAACAACAACCAUCUGCACAACAUCAGCAACAGCAGCGACAACAGUCCCAGCGUCACACACAUGCCCCUCUACGAGGGCGUUGUGCCCGAAUGCGAUCGAGAAGCGCAUGCGGCGACCAUUGAGCGGCAAAAGACGCGACGCGACAAGCUGGCGAAUGCGCUGCGUGACAACAAGAAGCGUCUGCUUAGCCUGGAGCAGGAGAUCAACAUACUGACCGAACCGGUGCCGGUGGGCGAAUCCGAAAGACUGGAUAGAGAUAUCAAAAAACUAACUGAGGACUGUCAGCGGCUGCUCAAUAUGAUCAAUGAUCCCCAGCUAAAUGGCACUGCGGCCGCAUCCAAUUCCAUGAAUCGUCAGCUAUCGGCGCCUGCCGGGCCACAACAGCAGCCAUUUCCACGACAGCGCGCUGUACCUGGCAGCGGUCGCACUCUGGCACCGCCCAAUUCGCUGCGAUUGCAUUCGGUGCCCGCCGCGCCGACACAGUCUCAUCUAGAUUUUGUGCAACAUCACAGCAGUGCGCCCAGCUCGGCCUGCCUGACGCCGCAACAGCAGCAGCAACUGCAGCUGGAGUUACAGCCCCCGCCCACCUAUGCACAAUACUGUCAGUUUCAGCAGUUUCUGCAGCAGCAGCGAGCAGCUGCAGCGGCGGCAGCGACAGCAUCGGUAGCAGUUCAGCAGCCACGUGUCAACCAUAUCAAUCAGGAGGAAGAGGAGGAGUCCCUGUCCGAAUCGGAGGUGGACGAAGGCGAGGAGCCACUGGAUAUGUGGGCCUGCAACUUGUGUACAUUCCGCAACCAUCCGCAAUUGAAUAUUUGCGAAGCCUGUGAAAAUGUUAGGAUCCAGCCGGGUAUGAUACGCAUUGUGCAUAGCAGCAGCGCUGAUAAUGCCACGGCCACGCCCACAACAACAAAUACAGCCGGCGCUGGCCUAGAGACCGAUGCCAAUCGGCAGCAGCCAUACGCUUUGCACACGUGAUCGAUUGAUCGACUGAUAAUAUAGAACGCACGAUCGAUUGAUCGAUCGCUGGCUUGCCUGUUUGUUAUCAUUGAUAAGUGUACUAAUUGUCAAGGACCCAAGCUAUGUUCUAUAUAUAUAUACGUAUAUAUACAACACAAAGUCUCUCUAACAUGCAUUGGCUUGCGCACGUUGUCUGCAUGUUGGCAACUUUGAAACUGUGAUAGCAUAUUUAAAUUAGUUUCCAGUUAAGCAAAUGAAUUGAAAAAGUCAAGGCACGCAUGCAGCCUCCAUAAGUAUAUAUAAAUAAAUGCACUAAAUGUGUGUUACGAACCGAAAUAAUUGCUCGUUUCAAAAGCACGACAAAUCUUUAAAAAGAAAUACAAACAAAAACAUAUACGAAACAGAUAAAUGGAAAUAAUUACAAAUUACAUUAACCUAUUUAACCUAUCUAUUCACAUAUUGUUUAUGUUUAAUUAAUAUUUAUGUCAAUGCAUAUGCCUCAUUAUCUGUUUUAUUGAUAGCGCCUGUAUUACUAAGCAAACAAAGUUUAUUAUUAUUUUAAGCAGCUUGCAUAAAUAAAGAAGUU